GAUUCCAAAUUCGCUGACUAGUCUGUUUGCACAACACGUCAUUGAGUUCCGAGCUAUCUUGAAAAGAUUCUCGGAGAUGAGGAAGGCAAUCAACUGAUCCUAACACACAGCCAAGGAUUUGAACAUUAUUGUUUGAAGAAGAAUCAUCUAAGUCUACAUUGGAGACAAAAUUACUACCAGUUGGAAAUUCAUCACUCUUGGACGGCGAUUGCAGACAAGCACCCACAAAGAAUGGAAGAAAACUACACAUUUUAUAAUGAAGAUGAUUAUUUGAAUGACUCAGUAGAGUUUGUAUCACUGUGUGAGAAUGUUCAUCUUAAUUCAUUUGGAGCAAAACUUACACCAGCUGUGUACAGCCUUAUUUUUAUUAUCAGCCUGAUUGGGAAUAUUUUAGUUUUGUGGAUCCUGAUAAGAUAUGAGAAGUUGAAAACCAUGACCGACAUCUUUAUUUUGAAUCUGGUCAUCUCUGAUCUGCUUUUUGCCUGCUCGCUUCCAUUCUGGGCUGUGGAUCAUGCAUACGGAUGGAUCUUCGGCAAGGCCAUGUGCAAGAUAAUUAGUAUGUUCUUCUUUAUUGGCUACUACAGUGGGAUCAUGCUACUGACAUUGAUGACUGUGGACAGAUACUUUGCAGUGGUUCAUGCUCUGACUGCAGUGAGAUUCAGGAAGUUCCGCUAUGUUCUGGUGGCCUGUUUGGUAGUUUGGUGCAUUAGUAUCUUAGCUGCAGUUCCUGAAAUUAUCUUUGCCGAUGUUGUCGCAGAACAAAACCUUUUGUGUAUCAGCAACUAUCCAAAGGACAAUGCGCUAAUGUGGCAACUGUUAGGAUGCUAUCAGCAAAAUAUCCUGUUCUUUUUAACACCUUUCAUUAUAAUUGUGUUAUCGUAUUAUAAAAUAUUCAACACUGUUGUUAAAUGUAAGGCAAGGAAGAAGCACAAAACAGUUAAAGUUAUAUUUUGCAUUGUGGUUGUGUUCUUUUUGUGUUGGGCACCUUACAAUGUAAUUAUCUUCCUAUUUUCCUUGACUGAUCUUCAGGUCCCAUUCUUUUCACGUUGCACUGUAGAGAAUCAGAUGACUCUUGCAUAUUUAAUUUGUCGGACCAUUGCUUAUUUCCACUGCUGUCUAAAUCCCUUAUUUUAUGUUUUUGUGGGUACCAAGUUCCGAGAGCAUCUAAUUGGUAUUGCAAGUAAAUGGUUCCCCUAUUUGAACGUUUGUAAAGAAAUUGACACCAGCAGCAGCAAACAGCUCAGCUCCCAUUAUUAUUCGAAUAUUGAACUUCAUGUUCAAACAGUAUUUGAAACCUCGGCCAAGGAGUCCAUGCUACCUCAGAAGGCUUCUGUCGUAGCUGCAGGCAACGUUGGACAGUGACUUUUAGGGACCCACUGUAUCAGAUUUAUCAAGGCCAGACAGUGAAUGCUGGAACCCAGUUGCCUUGAACCUUCAUGUGUUAAGGAGGUUGCUGGCCCCGAUACGACUGCUGACGCCAGUCCAAUCUCCCCAGACCAAAAGAAGAAGUGGGGCUUGACUGCUGUGAUAUAAUCCAUAAUCAAAGAUUUGGCCUUACAAGGAUCUGGAAUUUAGGACGGCACAGUGUUGCAGGGGCAGAGUUGCUGCCUUGCAGUGCCAGAGACCCGGGUUUGAUCCUGACUAAUGCUAUUGUCUGUAUUGAGUUUGUACAUUCUCUCUAUGACCAUGUGGGUUGUCUCCAGGUGCUCUGGUUUCCUCACACAUUUCAAAAAUGUGCAUGUUUGUAGGUUAAUUGGCUUCUGUAAAUUGUCUUGAGUGUGUAAGAUAGAACUAGUGUACGGGGGUAAUGACUAGUCAGUGUGGACCGAAGGGCCCGUUUCCACACUGUAUCUCUAAACAGAACUAAACUUCACACAACAAAGAGCUACCAAUGGCCUGUUUCCUUUAUCAUCGUUACUUUUUUGCAUAUCUUUCAUUCGUUGUUCUUUAUAUCUCUACAUUGUCUAUAUCUCUCGUUUCCCUUUCCCGUGACCUUCAGUCUGAAGAAGGGUCUCAACCCGAAACGCCACCCAUUCCUUCUCUCCAGAGAUGCUGCCUGUCCCGCUGAGUUACUCCAGUUUUUUGUGUCUAUCUUCGGUUUAAACCAACAUUUGCAGUUCCUUCCUGAACUGAAAAUUAAAAAAAAUGCUUUUAAAAGGCUGAGGAGGAUGUUUCCUCAAGCCCGUUUUUCUGCACCCCAGGUAUGAGCAAGGGUAAUGAUGGAGGCAAGAAGGUGGCUGCAACCUGCAACCUCUCUAAAAGCUGGGUCUUUAAAUACAUCAUCCUCCAACAUUUCCGUCACCUCCAACGUGAUCCGACUACCAGUCACAUCUUCCCAUCUCCACCCAAUUCUGCCGUUUGCAUUCAUCACUCCCUCCACAACUCCUUGCUUCAUUCACCACAUCCCAUCCAAAGAACCCUCACCCCAAUUACUUUACGUGUAACUGCAGAUGUACCACCUGUCUCUAUACCUCAUCCCUCACUUCCAUCCAGGGACUCCAGCAGCCCUUCCAGGUGCGACAGCGGUUCACAUUCACUGCCUCUAACGUCAUCUACUGCAUCCAAUGUUCCUGAUGUAGCCUCUUGUACUUUGCUGAGACCAAGCGUAGACUCGCAACCGUUUUAUCAAAGACUUGCGCUUGAUCCACCAAGGCCUCCUGGAUUUCCUGUUUGCUAACCAUUUUAACUACCCUUCCCAUUCCCAAACUGAUCUUUCUGUCCUGGGCCUUCUCCAUUGUCAGAGAGAGAACACAUGCAAACUGGGAGAAUAGCACCUCAUAUUCCACUUGGGUAGCUUACAACCCAACAGAAUGGCCAUUGAAUUCUCCGAUUGUAGGUAACUUCUCCCCCCCCCCCCC